UCUGCGCAUGCGCAGUGCGACACCGUGCGGUCCCCAGCGCUUUAGGCUGUGUGGUGCGUUUGUUGUGUCUGCUGGCCUGGAUUGGACAAAUCAAGACUGCCGAUACCCUGUUAGUAUAGACAAUAAACACCAUUGCUCUGAUAAACAACCGUCAGUCUUCAGAGCUUCCCGAUUGACUUGCAGCUCCACAGUCCCUCGCCGUGACAUUUGUCAGAAUGGCUCUGAUCUCCAUCGAGGACCUCGCCGGAUUGGACGAUGAGCAGGUGGACGAUGACAUCACCGACAGCUCUGAGCCAAUGGAUGAGGAGCAGCAGGACAGAAUGUACGCCCACUGGCAGGCGGUGGGAAGGACACACCAUGUGUCUGUUCCCGGAGAGAUGAGGGGACCCAUUGAGGAGAUGACGAGGAGGAACCAGACAUCAGAACGAGAGCCAGUGCCUUCUGUCACCAUCUCCAGACACGAGAAGCUUGGCGAGGUCUUGUACGAGGAGAGAGUGUAUCCUGCAGGAAAGUGGGCAUGUGUCAGUAAAGCAGACAUGCUGUAUGAGCAAAGCAUCUCCAAUGCUUUUAUGAAACUCAUGCGCUUCAUCUGCAAGGAGAAUUCAACAGGACGGUACCUUGGCAUGUCAGUACCUGUUGUGAAUGAGAUUACGAUGGCAGACGACGGCACUAACUUCAUGAAGGACGUGUUGACGGCGUAUUAUCUGCCCGCUGAGUUCCAGGCCAGACCACCUGAACCAACCGACCCUGAUAUCAGAAUCGUUCACAGAGACGCGAUCCACGUCAUAGCCAGGGUGUUUUAUGGCACCACAACGGAGGAGACCAUCUCUCGUCAGAUCAGCAUCCUUUGGGAGCUUCUGGGCAACUCCGAGGAUGUUCACCGAGACCGCUACAUGGUAGCCGUUUACGAGAAUCCCGGCGUGCCCCAACGCAGAAAUGAGAUCUGGUUCGUUCGCCGUGGCUCGUGAACGUUUCACAGCUCGCCUGUUAAGACAGUAGAGACGUUUGAGUAGCUAAAUGUCUCGAAAUGAAGGGGCGGAACUUGUCACAAUCAAAACCCAUUUAUCCUUUUGUAUUGUUGUGAGUGUGAUGCAGAAAACAUUUGUUUUUAAUCAGUGAAGUAAAGAAACUGCAGCUUAUUACACAACUGAUACAGAUUACACACUAACACUGUAUAUAGCCUGCUGCUGAUUUCAGGGUCAACACAUGGAAGAGAUUAUCAGUGGGUGACCUGGCAUUAUUUUUUAACUCGUAUAGUAUGAAAAUUAUUCAUUAUGCUUACUGUGUUUUUUCUGCUUGAUUUAAAUAUUAUACACAACUCGAAUUCACUUUCAUUGUUCAGUUUGUUUUAGUGCAGAAAAUUGUUUUUGCUAGGUUUUCCAUCGUGCCCUAACAUGGUGUUGUCGACAAUGACUCGGAUAUUAUGAAAUUCACAACUGUGAACCGUAAAUCCUUCAAUGAUGGCAUUUUAGUUUGUUGUUUGCUUUAUAUGUUGAUAGAGAAACAAGUUCAGUUUUGAGAUUUGCAGCUGGUAUUAAGAUUCAAUACUUAUAUAUUUACAGUUAAUGAAAUUAAGUAGUCAAUUUUGUGUUGGAAAACUGUUGUAAAUUAAAAUAUUUUUUGUACUUUGUGUAACAGACUAUCAAACCAUUUAUCAGACAAUCAUCAGCAAGAGCUUUUCCAUCUCUAAAACUCAGAAUCUUCUACAUUUCUAUCUUAUGGGCCAAUUAAAUUAUUACCUAUUAGAUA